UAUUAACAAAUGUGGUGCUCCUGCUUUUAUCGAUCUCUGGUACAUUCCUUGUUAUCAGUUUGACUUUAGGUGAGACCUGAACCCUCUGUUCAUUUUUAUUUCACUUUAUCAACACUUCUGUGCGGUUACUCCAUCAUUGAAUAACAAGAGUAUUUUUUGGAGGAUUGCAGCGUCUGUGUAAUAAAUGACGAAGUCAAAUUGUGAGAGUUUUCUCUUCACUGUGAUCCAAUAUACGGAGAAGGACAGAAAAAGAGACUGAAGCUGACAUUCGGGUGGAAAAAAGAGCUGAAAUUAAUUGCAUUGAAAUUGGUUUUCGUUGUGUUUUUGUGGCAUAUUGUUUGCACUGAAAGUGCGGUGAGAGAUCGUGUGGCGCAAAAGACAAAGAAAUGUCUUCAAAAAAUAGUUAUAUAAUUAAAGUAGUGGUCAGAGCCACAGCGAUUCUUUUAUUACUGCAAAAUAACAAUAUUUCAAUUUGUGCCUAUCAUGUGGAUACGCACAAUGUAGCAAAACGAAUGGUGGACCCGGACUUAUGUAUAGGUCGUUAUGACGUUCAUGUGGACACAAUAAUCCGGACCAAGGAGUCACUGAAGCUGAAGGCAGUCUUUCUGGACGAGACGGAAGUGUUGAAUAAUCAGGAUUGCGCAAAUCUCUGUUGUGAAACUGAGAAUUGUGAUGUCUUCAUAUACGAAGAGAAGGUGAAGGGCACAUGUUUCUUGUUCCAAUGCGGACCACCUGAGGACUUUCGAUGUAAAUUCACACGCCAUGCCAACUACACAAGUGCAGUGAUGAGUCCAAUGCGUCAGCCCGAGCAGCAGACUCCACCUCCCGUCCUUCGUCCCGCAAUUCCGCAAGCAGCCCCUCAUGCGGGGCUCACGGUGCAUGAGAUGGAACUCGUGAGCCUCAAGAGUGGCAAGGGCUUGCGCGGUGACGAGACGAUGCCUGGUAAUUUCACCCAAAGCAAAAAUGCGACCCCGGUGGAAACGACAACAGUCAAGAACGGCGGCUGCAGUCGCUUCCAAUUCGCUUGCCACUCUGGGGAGUGUUUGGCCGUGUACAAUGCUUGCGAUGGUAUUCCCCAGUGCGAAGAUGGCAGUGAUGAAGGACCCGAAUGUCCAGCAGGACAGAAACAAUUGCCUGGCGUCCAGCAGGCUGGACAGAAUGGCCAGCAGAUGCAAGAUUUGUCCAAUGCCAUGAGACUAUUGCCGUCGGAUGGUGCAAAUGCGGGAAAUGCGGCUCCACAGACGACAAUGCAAAGGCAGUAUCAGAUUCACAACCGGGAAGAUCCAAUGACGGCACCCAAACAAUGGCCUCAAAUAAAUCCCAUGUUCUUAGAUGGUGACAGUAGAAUUUUCAACCACAAAGGAAGACUUCAAGCUCCAGGAAGUGGAUUGUCAGCGGGGGGUUAUCAAAUGGUGGGUCCUCAGGACGCUUUUAUGAGGCCCCAAAUUGAUCCGUACUCACGCGGACAAGGGCAACAGCAGCAGCAGCAAUCCUGGCUCCCGGAUCACUAUGGGGUGAAAAUGCAAGGGAAUCCGAUGGAUUGGCCACAAUCGCCUGGCGACCAGCCUCUUGUUGUGCAGCAAUCGCCAGCCAUCCUGGCCCCACCGGCUCCGCAGAUGCCACAGCCGCCUCAAAUAACGUCCGGUCAAGUGGAGCUCCAGCAGCAACGUCCAGAUUGGCCAAUCAUGCCUCUCAUGCCAAUGCAAUCGGCGAAGGCUCAUUCUGACGAGAAUGCAAAAAAGCCACAAAGAGCGGAAUCUAAGAUCAAAACGACCAACGAUAGUGAGGAAAUAUCUGGCAAUGAGUAUCAAGAUGAGUCAGAUGAUGAAUUGGAGGCGAGAACAACAACAGCAGCGCCGAGGAAGAAGAACAGAAAACACAAGAAGCCGAAAGAGAGCGCCAAAGACAAAGCAGCCAAGGUUAAAGAAGGUGACAAACCACUCCACGAGCAACUGAAGAUGAUUCAUAAUGAUCUGGAAAUGGAGUUCGUGGAUCACGACGGCGAGGCUGAGCGUCCAGGCGGGGCAGUUUUAUCUCUCACGCUGGGCAUAAUCGUCAUGGCUGCUCUCGCCAUUCUAGUGGGAUGUCGGAUGAGAGUUGUGGGGCGCAGAAUUCGACGCGGUGGAAAGAGUCAAUAUGCUCAUGAUGCGGAUUUCCUUGUAAAUGGCAUGUAUCUCUAAAUAUUCCCAGUUUCCAGCCACAUUGCUUGUGGCUCUCAGCGGAAAGAGAAUUCUCCAGCUUCACUCCAC